CAUACGUUCAUAAGUUUUAUGUCUCUUUGAUAUAGGGACAAUAGAUUUAUUGGUAGUACAAUAGACUUUAACCCCGUAUGUAGCAGCCAUCAAGUCAAACAAAAUUGUUAGACCAAACAGGAGCAGGCAUUGUGUUUAUCGCUCAAUCUACAACCAAACUGUACUUUAAUCGGAAGUGUGAGGGAAGAACAAAGUACGUGUAGAGUCCAACAAAAGUCAAAAGUUCUGAAGCUUUCAGGAGUCCCUAGAGAAAACGAUUGAACCCGUGUUGCAUGACGGAUGACGCAGAGUUGCACUGCUAUGAAACGUCUUUAAUCACGCAAAACUUUUCUCCGAAAGCGCGGCAAAAGACAUCAAGUAUUUCUAGUCGUCAGGCAGACGUGCUUUGUGCUCAGUCUCAUCAUCAUUUGAGACAUUUUUGUGAGCGGGACAUUAAAAAGUAUAAUUGAGAGAAAUGUCUGCCAAGGCAGUCGUGAUCUGCCUCUUGUUGGGUCUGUUAAGUGGGGUGCAAUCAGCGGCUCACGGACGCCUGAAGAACAAAGGGGUACGAACCAGGAGCUGCGUCGUGACAGACUUCGAAGUCCACGACGACUUCGACGUCCAACGGUAUGUCGGAACUUGGUACACCAUAUCUCAGAGUGGAGAAGCGCCCAGCUCCUUUCAUCGCAGAUCGCAUUACAGCUUACAAGAAAAUGGCGUCCUCGCCAUGACGACACGUCGAGUUUCCCCGCAGAAUGGCUGUACCAGUGGGAUGGAGUUUGUGGCGGAUGCCCAUGUCCCGGAAGGUUCAACGACCCCCUCCAAGCUGCUCCUUCAGCCACGAGGAAUGUCUGUGCCCGCAGAGGACUACUGGGUGAUAUACACAGACUACGUGGACCACGCCUUGGUCUACAGCUGUUCCCAGAGGAACGAGGAUGGGUCCUGUCCCGAGGAUAGAGCUCGGGUGUGGUUCUUGGGGCGGGCUGGAACACUGUCGGUAGAUGCACGUCAUCACAUGGAGUCCUUGCUCUCAGGCUUGUGUGUGGAGGUCAGCAGGAUGCAGGAUAUUUCUACAGGAUGUGAUGCUGAGCUUGGAGUUCCAACGUCAGUAGAGGCAAUGCCGCAUGCUCAUGGAGGAAUGGUAUCAUCAACAUGUCUUGUGAAUGACAUCCAUACUAUGGCAAACUUUGACAAAAAUCAGUACACGGGCACCUGGUAUGUGAUAUCUCAUCUCCAGGGCGACAUCUACCCCUACCAUAGGAUCUCACAUUAUACACUGGAUGAACAGAACUCGUUCAGGAUGCUCACACACAGAAUAACAAGCCCUGGUGAAUGCUCCACUGCUUGGAAGUUUGAAGGUCAGGCCUACAAUCCUGACACUUCAGAAACUACCUCUAAGCUGGUCCUGAAACCUUUCGGCAUGCCAGUGUACGGUGAGGACUACUGGGUGAUCUACACGGACUACACCGACCACGCCCUGAUCUACAGUUGCCGUGAGACGAACGAGGAUGGGACCUGCAAGGGGGAGGCCUCUCAUGCUUGGAUGAUGAGCCGUGACCCGACCUUGACCCCUGCCGCCAGGUCGCACAUGGAGAUGCUGCUGACGGAGAUGUGUGUAGAUGUUUCCCGGCUGGUCGAUACACCUCAUGAAUGUGAUGAACUUCUUGGACCUGAGAGCCUUAUUGACCAAGGUCCAGCCAAUGAAUGUGUUGUGCAUAGCUUUGAGACCAUGCAGAGCUUCGACAAGGAGCGAUACCAAGGAACAUGGUAUGUCAUCUCACAUCUCGAGGAGAGCGUCUACCCCUACCAACGCAUCUCUAACUAUACACUGGAGACGGAUGGCUCUUUUACCAUGGCAACUGAGCGUAUCACAGAACAAGGAGCCUGCGAUAGUGCCAUGCGCUUUGAAGCGGCCGCAUCCCAACCUGCCGAGUCGACUUCAUCAUCCAAACUGUCUCUGAAACCAAGAGGCAUGGACGUAGAAGGAGAGGACUACUGGAUAGUAUACACAGACUACACCCGCUCCGCUCUCGUCUACAGCUGUGGAACCAAGAACCUGGACGGAACCUGUCAGGAGGAUUCAGUUAAGAUUUGGCUUCUUAGCCGCCAUCCCAAGAUGUCCGACUUUGCCCGAAGCUACCUGGUGUCCCGCAUGCGAGCGCUCUGUGUGGACCCACAGAACCUUGUGGAUACACCAUCAGAAUGUGAUGAAGCUUUAGGAGUUGCAAGAGCAGAUAGGUGUUCUGUUGAGAAGUUUUCAGUGAUGCAAGACUUUGACGUGUCUCGAUAUAUUGGAGCAUGGUACGUGAUUAAAUCUUUACGAGACGAUGUCCACCCUUAUCAACGCAUCUCCCAAUACUCCCUGAAUGUCGAUGGAUCCAUACACAUGAGUGCAGAUGGUAUUCAGUCUGGACCAGAUCAGUGUGAUACUUCCUGGCAUUUUGAGGCCAUAGCUACAUCAGGAGACCAACAUGAGGCCAAGCUAACACUGAAACCUAUUGGCAUCCCAGCACCAGGAGAGGAUUACUGGGUGGUGUACACCGAUUACACUGACCACGCCCUCAUCUACAGCUGCAACGACAGGAAACUUGACGGAACGUGUAAAGAGGGUGCUGUUCACGCUUACAUCCUUAGCCGUAAUACCUCACUGUCUGAACAAGCCAUGAGGCAUGUGAACAUGCUUCUUGAGGGGGUGUGCGUCGAUCCCUGUGACAUGGUUGCAGUGCCAUCUGAAUGUGAUCCUUUCCUCGAAAUGGGAAUCAGAAGACCAGUGGUGGAGAUAGCCAAGUCUUGUGUUGUGGAUGAGCUGCCGAUCAUGGAAGAUUUCGAUAUUGCCCGGUAUGCAGGAGAUUGGUACACUGUCUCCCAGAUUCAACCGUUUGAGUAUCCCUUCCAUCGUGUCUCAAGUUACAACCUCCAAGAUAAUGGAAGACUCCUCAUGUCGACUGAUCAGUUCUUCAGACCAGGAAAUUGUUCCACCAUGCAUUUUGAUGCCCAUGCUUUCCAUCUCCAGCGAGAGGAAGGUGAUACCAUGCCAAUAAAUGGAAAGCUCUUCCUUCAACCCCUUGAUAAUAGAGUACCUCCAGGCAAUUACUGGGUAGCCUACACAGACUACACCGACCACGCCCUGGUAUACAGCUGCAUCCGGAAGAACGUGAGCGGGGAGUGUAUGAGAGGGUACUCCAUGGCCUGGUUUAUGUCUAGGAAUCCUGGGCUGAGCGAGCACGCUAUCAUGCAUAUGAAACAGAUUCUCCGUCAGCUGUGUGUGAACCCAGCAAGACUGAGGGAUGUUAUCACGGAAUGUGAUGCUGCAAUUGGUAUCAGCUCAGAACCAGCAAGGAGUGAAUGUGAUAUUUCAACCUUCCAAGUGAAAGAAAACUUUGUCAUUGAUAAGUUUAUGGGAGACUGGUAUGAGUUGAGCCACACUCGUGGUGAGAACCACAUGGUACUACCAGACAACGAGAAGAUGUCGAUUAUGGCUCCCUCUGGGGACAACGAUGGCCACAUCGCAAUCACCAUGAAGAACAUUAGAAUGGAUGGAGACUGCAAUGCAAGCGAUAUGCCAGGCAAGGGUUGGAUAGGCCGGGAAGAGCCUGCUAAGAUUGUCGUUUCUUUCCCUCUCAUACCAGAAGGGUAUCAAGUUCCACAAGUAGUGAACCACUGGGUGCUGGACACGGACUACCUCAACUAUGCCAUCACCUACACCUGCCACAGGAUCAACAGGGAUGGGAGCUGUGACCCUAUGGCCAUGGGUCUCUGGAUCUUGGGUAGAGAGAGGCAGAUCCAGCCCACAUUCUGGGCUACCAUCCAGCGGGUCAUCGAGGAUGCUUGCAUCGACCAGGCGGUGGUCCGUGCUAACCCAGCUCCAUGUCCAAAGGAACCUAUUCCUGAACCAGCCCCAGUUGAUGUGAUGGGUUGUGAGGAUGUAGGAUUUGGUUGCUGCCUCCUCUCUGGUGAGGCAGCCAUUGAUGCUGACUUCUCCAACUGUCCCCGUUCACCACCCCCUGUUGCUGGUCAGAUGAUCCCAGAAGCACCUGUUAGCCUCGUGGAAGGAAAAGUUGUCUGUGAACGGCACAUGAAUUGUAAGAUGUUCUGCCGGUUUGGCUUCAAGCUAAACAGCGAUGGCUGUGAGAUAUGUGAAUGUGCCGAAGCGCCAAUUCAAACACCAAACCAUGGAAGUAAUCAAGAGAGGGCAUGCCAGGCACGUUACGACACCGUCAUGGCCAAGCUGAAGAACAACCCCCCACGGAAUGGAUUCUACGUCCCCCAGUGCGACGAGGAGGGUAACUAUCGCACCGUCCAGUGUCUCUACCCCCAGGAUGCGUGCUGGUGUGCCAAUCCCAUCACCGGCCGACGCCUCCGCAAGGCCACCUACACCGGUGACACGCCCUCGUGUGAUCCUUGAGGGGUAAACAAGUUG